AUGUCCACCACAGGGGAUGGAGACCCGACCCAAGAGGGCCAGGAAAGCCCGGUGAGCCCUGGGGGGGCGUUGUCCCGGGCAGUGGGAGCCCACCAAGGGGUGGACCGCGACUCCGACCCCGACGAAGGCAACAUGGCGCCUGUGGCCGAAGUGGCCGGAGUCGCAGGGCCUGCGGGAGGCCUCGGGGAGGAGGAGGGUGACCAGGAGGCGGCCCCUGUCGGAGCCCCUGAGGAUGAGAGCAGUGAGGAAGACUCCGACAUCGGGCCUGCCGAGGAGGAUGAGGAGGAAGUGCUUGGCCCGCCAGUGCUGGGCCUGGACAUGAUGGUGGAUGCCCAUCAGUUCCCCAUGGCGGGCUUUCGCUUCAUGUUCCUGGAUCUGGUGCACUCCCUCCUCCACCGCAUCUACUACAACGACCAUGUCCUCAUCCGGCCCCACCGCGGCCGCCUGGUGGUGAGACACCACCCUCAUGGGCCUGACGGUGGCGACCUGGCCAUCGAGAUCCCGGUGGUGCUCCACGUGCCCCCGAGGCCGAACGUGAGCGCCGCGGUCCAGGAGGGCGAGGGCUCCAGUGGGCUCCACCGCCUCGCAGAGGCCGCGGCUAUGGCUGCGGCCCGAGAUGCUGAGGGGUCAGAACCCGCAGCCACAGAGGAGGCGUCAGAGGAGCCAGCACUCGAGGCCUCAGAGGAGCCAGCAUACGUGGUUGCAGAGGAGCCAGCACUCGAGGCCUCAGAGGAGCCAGCACUCGAGGCCUCAGAGGAGCCAGCACUCGAGGCCUCAGAGGAGCCAGCAUACGAGGCUGCAGAGGAGCCAGCACGUGGGCCUGCAAAAGAGGCCACAAAGGAGGCUGCAGAGGGGGCCUCAGAGGAGUCAGCAUGCCCAGCUGCAGAGGAGGCUGCAGAAGAGGCAGAAGAUGAGUUACCAGUGCUGGUGGCGAACGCCAGUGAAAUAACUAAAUCUGAGUGUCACCACUGGGAAGAACUGGACCAAGAUAAUGAAGGGGAGGAGGAACAACAAGCACAAGAAGAAAAAGAGAAUGAAAAGGAACAAGACGAAGGACCUGAAAGGGACCUGGACCCAGGAGAGGGGAAGCCUACAAAAUCCAGUUGA